ACUACUUCAAACAAGAUCCCUGUUGUCUCUCUCUCUAGUUUGAACUUGUCUGUUUUCUAGAGAGAGAAAGAAGAAGAAGAAAGGAGAGAGAGAAAUUUGAAGCAUUGCGUAAUGGCGUUCGUAUCUUUCCUUGGAAGAGCUCUCUUCGUAUCAGUCUUCGUUCUCUCCGCCUAUCAAGAGUUCAGUGAAUUUGGGGCUGAUGGCGGGCCAGCAGCAAAAGCAUUAAGACUAAAGUUCAACGUGUUCUCAAAGCAUGUGGCAACACACACUGGAUUUCAAGUACCACAUGUAGAGAUGAAACAUCUUAUUCUGGGGGCCAUAGUAAUGAAGGGUCUUGGAAGCCUUCUAUUCAUCUUUGGCAGCUCUCUUGGAGCUUAUAUUCUGCUGUUGCAUCAAGCCAUUGCUUCCCCCAUCUUGUAUGACUUCUACAACUAUGAUGUUGACAAGAAAGAAUUUGUUCAACUCUUUUUCAAGUUUUCUCAGAACUUGGCAUUGCUUGGAGCACUCCUCUUCUUCAUUGGCAUGAAGAACUCUAUGCCCAGGAGAUCUUCAAAGAAGAAGGCUCCCAAGUCAAAAACAAAUUAAGAGAUAGGUGCAAUUUUGUUGCAUGUUGUCACAGUACCAUAGUCUGAGAAAUUUUCUUGUAAGCUUUGUAUUUUUGCAGCUUUACUGCAUUUACCUCUUGUUCUAUUUUGGUUGAACUUUUCCAACCUUUUUUUAGCAUUUAUCUUUUUGUUUUCCUUUUGCUUGCAAUUUUAAACUUCGAGAAUUAUUUAGAUAUCAACAACGCUACAAGAGGAAUAUCUAGUUGAUACUAGCCAUUGUUGGUUCUCUUGC